CUAAUUUCUGUGACCGACUCUCGUCAGGAGCAAUUUUAAUCGUCGUUUUUCCAUUUAAUUUUUGUGUAUUUUUACCAUCUUUUCACAAAAUCGACGAAAAUGAAGCGUGGAUAUUCCGAAAUUCAUGAAGAUUCGUCAAAACGAGUCAAAUUCAUGCACAACAAAACGAUUGACGACUUGCCGGUUGAGAUUUUGAUGCUCAUCUUUGAGAAAUUGUCAUCCACAGAAAGAAGGAACCUGAUGUGUGUUCGACAGUACUAUAUGGCCAUCGUGAAUGAACAUUUUUCGCGAGAUAAUUGUUUGAUUCUUACGAAAAAAUUGGAUUAUUCUCAAGAUGGCGAGCUAUAUUCGACGUUCCAAAGACGUGAAAACUUUGAAAACGUUCAUCGCACCUUUCCGUACCUCGUGAUCAAGUCAUUCCCCUCGAAAUUCAGUGAUUUUGUCAAGAUGACACGCUUUAUCGAUCUGGUAGCCACGGAAAUCCAAAGUCUGAAGAUCAUCCAUAUGCCGCUGCUGGAUAUUGUGACGCCGAGUAACUUUUACAACGAAUUAUUCUACUUGAAAAUGGAAAAUCUCGCAGAGCUGGAAGUUUCUGACCCGAAUUUGCUGGGAAAUUUAUCGUUUCCCGACUCCUUGGAACGCAUCGACAUCCAAAAUUUGAUUUACGACGUCAAACUUAUUUACAAAAUUCGAGCACUGAACAUUUCCACGCUGAAAUCAAAGUCAAUUAAGCUGUUCAAGAACUCGUACAACUCCAUGGAUCACUUUAUGGAUCCCGAUAUGAAAGAGGCGCUAAACGAGAUCUUCACAAAAACAACUUCCGUCAUCGUUGAGAGCAAUUUCAACUACUGCGGCGAAGAGAAAAUAUCCUUUAACGACGUUACUUGCUUCAGAUUCGAGAGUGGCGCUCGAUUUUUAUGUGCUUCUGAUUUCAUGCGCUUCACAAAAUUAGAAACUUUGCACAUUUGCAUACACGAAUCGUCGAAUCCGAUGCCCUUGAUCGCGAAUGGCCAGUUUUGCGGAAUCAAAAAUCUGGAUCUAUAUGCCAUCAAUGCGCCUCCAGUUGAUCAAUUUGAGAAAAUAUUUUUCUCUUUUCCUGAUUGCGAGACACUAACGAUCGACGGAUUCAAGUUGCAAAGUUCGCAUUUCGCUUUAAUUUGCAAAAAUAUGCCAAAAUUGAAGAAUUUGAUUUUGUUGAAUGGCAGUUCGAUGAAUUUAAUAUCAGUGAAUGCUUUAGUAUCGCAAAAUGACGCAUCACUCAAAGACUUGAAACAUUUGGAAAAAGUAAUAAUCGAAACUUGUGAAUUGGUGAAUGCUGUUGAAGAGCUACGUUGGCCUGAAUUACCAAAUUUGCAUACUCUAAGCCUUUCUGGAUGGUGUUUCCAGCAAUUUAAUGAGGAAUUGUACGAAUCAAUGGCACGAAAUUCGCCAAAAAUUAACCAUUUGAAGAUCAAUACGGAAGGCGGUGCUUGUCUCAACUCCUGUUUUGUGCCUUUGAUCAACACUUGUCCUUUAAUUUCGUUAAUUUUACCGGGCGAAGGUGACGAAUACUCAGAAGACUUUGAAAAAAAUGGUUUAUUAUUAUCAAAUAUCGCUAAACACUGCAAACAAUUAGAAUUUUUGUCAGUUAAUGACUCAAAAGGACUGUUAAUGGGUCAAGAAAUUUUACUUUUCAACGCAAUUCCGUCACUGAAAACCAUAAAAAGUGUCAUCGCUUACGAAGAUUUCCCCGAUACAAUCCGAGUUUUCACGCGCGAGGACUUAUUCAACCUCAAAGAAUAUUUAAAGAUUAAUUUGCACAAAUAUAAAGAUAUAUUUGAUACCAUUGAAUAUGUGAUGAGUAACAUAAUACCAUUUAACGACGUUAUGAAUAUGCUAGAUGAAUACGCCGAACAACUUAACCAUCGAAUUGAAAAUCUGGAACAUCUCGAUAACGUACGAAAAUUAUUUAUAGUCGGAGUUAAAUUUCUCCAAAUGGACAACGUUGAUUUAUGUCGUAUUGCAUACGCAGUUACUCAAACUUAAAUUUGAGAUUAUUAUUAAUUAAUUAUAUUAUUUACUUGAAUUUAUGAUUCAAAGAUACUUUCCUUAAACUUAAUUAAGCAUUUUGUGCCAAAAAUUGCAAACAAAAUUGUAUUAAUUGAUUUAAUCAAACAUUAUAUUGCUAAACUUUACGAAAAUAAAAUAUAUUUAAAUAAAA